AUGAGCAUCAUCGAAAAUCCAUCGCCUGAAUUUGAACGACAAUUUAUUCAGGCAAUCAAUGCACGAAGAAAACUCAAAGCCAAUAAACCAAAAUUUGUGAUAACUUCUAAUCAAGUUGCAGAUUCUAAUGAAGAUGAUCAUUCUAAACAAGUGAUUUUAACUGUGCGAAGUAUUCAAUCGUUGUUACUCAGUUGUGCUGAUAAAGCUCCGCGUGGUCACGAUUCAGGUUGGAGUAAAAUUUUACGUAUUCAAAAGCUUCAACAGAUUCUAGUAAUUAAUGUUAAUGGUGUCUCAGAUAAAAGCUAUGCUAAAUUAAAGAAUACUGAACAGUUUCAAAAAUGGAAUCGACUAUUUACUUCGGAAAAUUUCUGUCGUACAUUUCGUUUCCAUACUCAGCAGAACAUCUCAUUGAUUAAACAAUUUAGUAAAAUUGCUGCAAAACCAAGAUCAACAAACCAAUCUCAGGAUUCAUCAAUUGUCACCAGUAAAGCAGAACAAUUGAGUACUCGAAAACGACAACGAGAUGAGGAUGAAAAACCUGCACUUCAACAUUUUCAACGACCGUGUGAUGAUCAAUUUUCACGUGUUCAUUUAGUUCUUAAUCUCAAACAAUUACUUAGCGGCAACUAUCCGUGUCCAAUCUAUAAUCCAUAUAAACAAUUCAAAGGAAUCAAAUCUUCAUACAAACCAAUCACAUCAUCGAGUCGAAUAUUAGCCUUAGAUGUUGAAACAUUUGAAGAUAUGAAUCAUCGACAAAUUCCAUAUUGGAUAUCGAUUGUCGAUGAAGAGUUGAAGUGUGUUUAUCAAGUGUUGAUCAAGCCCGACGAGGAGCAACAGUUAGCUGAGUAUCAACAGCGUCGUGAACAAGUUCUUAGUACGGUUCCCGAUCUCGAUGAACGAAGUCUAAAAGAAGUGCGAAAAGAUAUGAAAAAUUUGUUUGACGAUGACACGAUCUUAGCUGGCCAUAGUAUUGAAAAUGAUAUGAAAUAUUUACAAUUUUAUUAUCCAUAUAUAAUUGAUACAUCGAUCAUCUUCAACGUCAGCGGAACACGAUUUCAAAAGUCAAGUUUACAGAAACUCUAUGCCAUCUUUUUCGGGCGCUUAAUACAAAAGACACGAUUGGAGCACGAUCCAACAGAAGAUGCGCGAGCAACAAUGGAAUUAAUUCAAUUGAAACUUUGCAAUAGUCUGAAUUUUGGUGAUUGGUUUCUCGGUGGUGUUGAUCAUUUAAAAGUCUUAGGAAAUUACGAUUCAUUACAAUUGAAUGAAAGUGUCGACGAAUGUCGAACUUUCCUAACCGAAACAAAAUUUGGUUUACAGGAAGAUUUUUUCAAAAAAAUUCGACAACAAGAUAAAGCCUUAAUUAUCGAGCAAACACCAGCGAAUGAUCGUACAUCUUUACGAACAAUGGAAGUUUCCUCCAAUCGUGAAGCUUAUCAAGCUGGUCUUGAACAGCUACCAAAACACGAAUUUCUCUGGAUACAAUUUUAUCUUGCAACGGAUAGUGUUGACGAUGACGAAUCAUUGAUGAAGAUAUGCAAAUACACCAAACAAUUGUAUCGAUCACUUCGUGAAGAUUCGAUUAUCAUCGGAAUGUUCACUGAAUUCAAUGAUAGUUUUAGUCGAUGCUUUGUGAGAUUUAAAGACGAAGAAAAAUUUACUCCAUUGAUCAUCGGCGGACAUGAAUAUCCACAUGAUUUAAAAUUAAUUAAAACUAAUGGAUAA